AUGUAUUCAUCUUAUAAGCACCUUGUGCUCUUUACCUUGUCUGGUCUUUUGCCUUUAAUCAACGGCAGCCUGGUUCAGCAACAUGACACCCAUCGCCUACCCUGGGAGCGUACCAAGUCAACCGGUUUUGGAACAUUGGCAACGACAUCGUCCAACAAUGGCACGAUUCUUCGCAUCCUCAUGGACAACUCUCCUACCAAUCUCUACGAUUACAAACUCAUCAGCGAUCUUUACGAUUUGCUUUCCUCUGUUGUGCCUGAAAACAUCACUGUUUCUGCUUCUCCGCCCAAAGUCAUGAUCUUCGCUAGCGGUGACCCUGAUUUUUGGAUGGGUCACUAUGAUGGAGCCCUUUUUGGUACCAACCCUCCGUUCAACGAGUCUUACACGGAGGAGCUCUUUACAAAGAAUCGGGCCAUUGUCGGCAUGCUGAAAUCUCCCCCGACAAUUCUUAUCGCUGAAAUCAAUGGGCGAGCCACUGGUUCGGGCAAUGAGUUUCUUGUGCAAUGCGACAUGGCCUUUUCAGGCCCCAACACAAUUCUAGGGGCUCCCGAAGUUGCAGUUGGCGGAGUUCACGGGAACGGUGGCAUUCAACAUCUUGUGCGAUUAAUCGGAAUGCAACGAACUGUAGAAUACAUGCUUACUUCCAGUGGAAUUGACGCCCUGACUGCGGCGGAGAUUGGGUGGGUCAACAGACUGUACAGGUCAGAAGCCAAACUUCGCAGAGCUGUAGAUGAGAUUGCUGGUAGAAUUGCUCUAUUUCCAGCUGCAGGUCUCAACGGAACAAAGGCCAUGAUCCGGGAGUUUUCUGCGCCACCUUCAGUCGUUGAAGCCGACAUUGCGACCAUUUUCAGAUUGGAGGCGGGUGAAAAGGCUCCCGAUGCAGAGUAUCUACGCAUCAGCAAGAAUCAGAGCCGCCAGUUUGAACUAGGUGUGCCAGACAAGAUGGUUGAGAUCUGGGAGUAG